AACUCCCCACACUUCCUCUUCUGUCACAAAAUACAGAUACAUACUUUACACUUUCAGUGUUCAUAACACAACGCUCAGCCACCCCUGGUCUCUUUGACUACUCUAUGAUCCACCAGAUAACAGCAGAUUGACAUGGACAAACAUUUGCAAGGAGGGAAAGCAUUUGGAUUCCUCAAGUCUCAGCAGGAUGUGAAACUGAACUCCAUCAAUGAGGGUUUUCUCACAGAUCCUAAAUAUGCAGAGGAGGAGGACCUCAGCUCAAAACUGGAAAUGUUUAAAAACAAAUACAUGGAAUUUGAUCUCAAUGACCAAGGAGACAUUGACAUGAUGGGGCUGAAGCGCAUGUUGGAGAAGCUGGGUGUGGCAAAGACUCACUUGGAGCUGAAAAAGAUUAUGUCAGAUGUGGUUGGCAGUGCUGCACGAGACACGUUCUGUUACACAGACUUUCUCAAUAUGAUGCUAGGGAAGAGGAAUUCCAUACUCCGACUGAUCUUGAUGUUUGAGGAGAAAGGGAAAGACCAGGAGCCCAAAGAGAGUGGACCACCGCAACGCAAGACUUUUUCAGAUCUGCCCUGAAGGCACUUACGUUAUGGAUCCAAUCUGUUCAUAUAAAAACUGAAUGUCAAAUGAACUGGGUUAUACAGGUUUCAUUGUAAGGAAUAAAGAAAGGUUUGAUUGA